CGUCGUCGCUCAAGACCCUCCGAUUUGAAUCUGCCGGAACCGAAGAUGCAUUGCUGCGUGCUGCCUCUAGAGAAGCCCAACCACACCUCCAUCCAAGGAAGCUCAAUGGUGCCUUAUGGUAACUUAGCAAAAAUCUAUAAAGGUUCGGUGUAUAUAGUUUAUUUUGGAGAACAUAAAGGUGAUAAAGCCUUUCAUGAAAUUGAAGCUCAUCAUCACUCUUAUCUUCAAUCUGUUAAAGAAUCCGAAGAAGAUGCCAAAUCUUCGCUAUUGUAUAGCUACAAACAUAGCAUCAAUGGCUUCGCGGCUGAGCUAACACCGAACCAAGCCUCUAGACUCAAAGUUCAAUCUGCAGCUGCGUUUUUCACCGUAUCAGCUCUUGCUUUCACCGUUUAUCAUGUCGUCUCUGGUUUUUUCUUCCAUCCCAAAAUUCACCGCCGCCGAUUCUAAAAAGCCCCUUCUUUUGGCGAUUAAAGGCCAGAUCUACGAUGUGUCAUUGAAAAGGUAUACUUGAGAAUCUUUAUUACUUCAUGAAACUAGGGUUGAAUCCUAUUUGUUACUACUUAUCACUGAAAUCAUUUAAUCAAUAGUUUCGAGAUUU